GGCUCCUCUCCGGCGGGGCGCCGGAGUCUGGGGGCCGCGGCUUCCCCCUCUCCACCCGCGGAGGCGCCUGGCCCCUUCUCCGCCCCCACCCCUGUCGCUGCUGUCAAAGAUAAACCGGGCCGUUGCCUGCAGGAGCAGCAGCAGUGGGCGAUCGGGCCGUGAAGAGCCUCGGGUGCGGCCUCGCCUCCCCAGCCCGUUGUCAGCACCGCGGACAGCACAGCGCGCCUCCCCAGGACUUAGCCUCCCUACAGCCCACCAGUCCACCUAAGCCCUGGCACGCGGCACUCGCAUCAGCACCGCGGGCAGCGCCCGGGCCCCACCUGGCCGCCGCCAGCCCACCGGCUCCCAGAGUCAGCACCACGGACAGCCCCCCUCGGCAAGCCGGCCGCAGGCUGCGAGCCAGAACAUGGCCACCGAGGGUGUCCACUUUUCCCCUGUGUCUGAUGGGAGGUGCUACCUUCUUCAGGUUGUGCCUACGAGUGUGUCACCUUCAAAGGACUUGAUGAUCAAACCAAGGAACCUGUUAGUGAAACCCAGGGCACCGGGUCUCCCCAGUUUUGAUGUGGAUCUCCUUUGUGGCCUUCCCCAUUUCCAACCCAUCUGAAACUCAAGACAGAGGAAGAGUAAAGGCUUUUCAACAAUUCUAUGGAGUGGCUCUGGGCAUCCUGGUCCACAACCUGCAGGAACUCCGACGAAGUGCUUCCCUGGCCACCAAGGUCUUUAUCCAGAGAGACUACAGCGAAGGCACCAUCUGUCAGUUCCAGACCAAAUUCCCCCCAGAGCUGGACAGCCGGAUCGAGCGGCAGCUCUUUGAGGAGACUGUGAAGACCCUCAACAGCUUCUAUGCGGAGGCCGAGAAGAUUGGGGGCAGCUCCUACCUCGAGGGCUGCCUGGCCUGUGCCACAGCCUACUUCAUCUUCCUCUGCAUGGAGACCCACUAUGAGAAGGUUCUCAAAAAGAUCUCCCGUUACAUCCAGGAGCAGAAUGAGAAGGUCUUUGCCCCUCGAGGUCUCCUGCUCACCGACCCCGUGGAGCGUGGCAUGAGGGUUAUCGAGAUCUCCAUCUACGAGGACCGGUGCAGCAGUGGCAGCUCCAGCAGCGGCAGCAGCAGCGGCAGCGGCAGCAGCAGUGGUGGGGGUGGUGGAGCGGCGACCCGGUGACUGGCCGAAAGUCCCUGCAGGGAGGCGUAUGGCCGGAGCGAGGGCCUCUCAGACCUGCGACGGCUGCGCUACCAGAGCACCCGCUUCUGAGUCAUUCUCUGGGUCCACCCUACUGCCAAGAGUGGGAGGGAGGGUGGCUGGCCUGUGUUUCCUACGGCCCUCUGACCCAUGCCCCUGCCCCUCCCUGCUCCCUGCCACUCACAGCAGGAUUGGUCCACUUCCUGACUGGCUCGUUCCCCGUAAGGCGGGUCUGGGUCAUGUGGAGCCAGGCCCUCCUAGGGUAGGCUGGGGUGGGGAGGACCCAGUCCGGAAAGCCUCUUUUCCUUGGCAGCUCCUCUUUCGUCACCCCAGAGCAGGGGGGCCAGGCCUGUCACCUAGAGAAUUCCCUUCAUGCAUGACUCCUCAUCCCAAACCCCACUCCACCAGGCCUGGCUGAGGGGACUCUCUCUCCAGCACCUUGCUCCCCAUGCCUGUCUCGCAGCAGCUGGCCUUUCUAUGCCGCCUCUGGCCUCUGCCUGUCUGUGACCCUGCCUCCACUCAAUUUGAGGCCUGGGGAGAUGGGAGUGGUCAGCUUAUGAACACCGUGGUGGUCCUGGGACUUCCCUGUCCUCCUCCCUGAGUCUGGGGCUAUCUGGCCUUGCGAAGAAGUGUCCAAGUCCUGGGCCUUUGCAGGCCACCAGGCUCUGGUCGUGGGACACAGACUGGGGCUCUGGGAGAUCAUGUGGGGGGUCUGGAGGAACUCUUCAUGGCAAGAUGUGGCCUGGGAACCUUGAACCUCCUGAGCCGGGGCCAUCUUCCUGGGAUUAGAGCCUGCCUAUACGUGAGAAUGACUGUGUGUGUGGACAUGUGUGUGAGUAUGAGUGUAAGUGCAUGUAUGAGUGUAAGUCCAUGUUUGUAUGAGUUCAUGUCAGUGUGAAUCUGUGUCUGUGAGUCUAUUUGUGUGAAUGUGUGAGUGUGUGUGUCAGUGCACGUAUGUGAAUAUGUGUGUGCGUCAGUGCAUGUGUGUGUUCCUCUUGGUUGCUAGGCUAGUACUGCCUCUCUCUGCAUUCUGCCUUGUUUUAGCUACGCAAUGGGUUUGUGGCUUCUUCCCUUGUGGGUCCAGCCUGGCCCCUGUAAAUAAAUGUACUAGGGCCCCUCACUGCUCUUCCUGCGGCUGCCAGCUUGGCACUUCUUCCUGGCCUUCCCUUUCCCUCGGGGUUCCCCCAUGCCUCACCUUCAGACUCUACUGUGUGUAUUCUGCAGAAGAGAAGUUGGGGUUCUUAGAGGGCAGAGCCGAGCUUCCAGGGCCUUCUGUGCCCCUCUCCCAGCCCCCAAUAGGGCAGUGGGGCCACAGCUGCUGCAUUUUCAGGGCCCCCCCCGCCCCCAGCCUCCAGGGUUCUUUAAGGCUGUGUGAGAGAGCCUGCAACCUACAGGGGAAAGGCAAACUCGCUCCCAAGGGAAGAAGGGCCAUCUAGCCGAGCAUGCUCUGGCUUCAGGCUGGGAAGGGAGGCCUGACUGGAAGGGAGCAGCCCUGGCCCUGGUGCCCUGAAGAUGGGCAGAAAGGCUGCCUACCUCAGCCAGCAGGAGGUGCUAUAACUGGACCUGAAAGCCCAGCUACUGCAGGUGGUUUUCUGGAACCAAAGAGGGGCCUAACUUUCUUCUGGACAUGUGAGCAGCGUGUGAGAAUAAGGUGCCAACCCAGAGAGCUGGAGAUGGUUGGCCCAACCCCUGAGGCCCCAGGGAGUUCUUGGUCCAAGGAUUUCCCUGGAGCUACUGCAGCCCUUGACCCCUGGCCCUGGCCUGUGCUGGCCCUGGCCCCACUGUGUGGCUGGGCAUUGUGUCUGACCAGUGUAUCACCCCGGGGUGGAGGGGUGGCUGGGCGCAGGCAACGGGAUGGCCUUUUAUUAUUUUUUUCCAAUAAAAGGACUGCCCAGCUCGAGGCUCUGUUCUGCUUUUGCUCCCCAUGGCGAUGGGGUGGUGUCCAUGUCCAGGACCACCUCAUGCAGUGGGCGAUGGGGCUGAGCCAGCCACUGUGCUCUUUAUGAGCCAGAGAACUGGGCACAGGGGAAUCAGAUGACUCUGUUCCCAGCUUACAUUCUAGUGUGGGAAGGCAGAUAUUCCAGACCCCCUAAUCUGGACUCUAUGGGGUACUUACAGCCUUGGGUAGGGGAACGAGCUGGUCUGAAGGCCAGGUCAAAAGCAAUUACCUAUUUCUUGAGCUUGUACUCUGGAUCGAGUCCUCUUAGGGGCUGGACCACAUGGGUCAGUCAGCACUGAGGACUAGAAGAUGGGUAGGUGUUAGAACCCAGCCGAGUUGUGGCUUGGAUUUUAUAAGAUAACAUUUAUUGAGCACCUGCUGUGUGCCAGAGACUGCUAAAACCCUAUGCUAGAGGUGGAAGGGAACUGAAAGAUCCUCUGAGUUCUCUCAUUUUAUAGAGGUGGAACAGGCCCAGAGAGGGUGAGUCACUUGCCCCAGGUCACACAGCUGGUUGAGGAUGACAGGGCCAGACUUAGAGCUGAGGUCUCCUCACUGAGUACGUACUCUGUGACACCAUGAGCAUGGCACCCAGAUGGGAAGUUGCCUAAGGCUGCAGGGUGGCCAGGGACACACACUCGGGUCAGUGGGCCAAGGGUCUGUUCCUGGAGAGGCUCUCACCAGACUGUAGGAACAACCACUCAGCCUGAGUGGGGACUAGGAGGUCCUCUCUGGGUGGCACUGACAUGGGUGCUUUCUGCCUCCUGGGGAUAGCUAGGGCUUUGCCUGAGCCAUGGGUGCAGCCUGGGCUCGACUGCUUCUGCUCAAACCUGGGGCUCGUACAGGGAGGUUCUUGUCUAACAUGUCUGACCUGUUUGGGGUAGCAAAUAUGUUCUGUCCCCAAGCCAGACUUGAAUCCCAGCCCACGUGUCCUGGAGAGGAGGUUCUGGUGAAGGCUGAGGACUUCCACACUGGUAAAGCCAACUUGGAAUGCUACCGGGUUGGGAGGCAUUCAAUCCUCCUAGUUUCAAAUAACAGCCUAGUUUCAAAUACAUAGCAUUUGCUCUGUGGUAGGCACUAGGUUUAGGCUCUAUGUAUAACAUCAUUUAACCCUCACAACAGCCCUCUGUGGUGUGGGCUAAUAUUUCCAUUUUACAGAUGAGGAAACUGAGUCUCACGGAAGUAACUUGCCCCAGGCCACACGACUAAGAAAGUGGCAGAGCUUGGCUUUGAACCUAGGUAGUCUGACUCCAAACUGCAAGGAAUAUGAUAGAUUCAGCUUUAGAGACCCCUAUCAGCAGCUUGAGGUCCUCAGCCAUCUGAGGGUUAAGAUUUGGCAGAUUCUCAGGAAGGACAUAGAGCCGUGUCUGGGCUCCA